UUCAUGGCCCCUGCAGAUUUUGGAUUAAACAUACAUCAGGUUUUACUGGUUCCCUGCACGGAUAGCGCUGCUGUAAUCAGUCUGGUAUUUUAUAGGCUACACUUACUGGGCCUCAGGCAAUUAAAACUAUCUGGACUCUUGAAGAGGACGUUGUUCCAACAGACUCGUGUGGAGGUAGACGAUAAACAGACAUAAGGAUUGUUGGUGAAUAGGGUGUUGAACGUUUUCUUGACUCUAAUAGAACCAGUAAAAUCUUAUCCAAGAUCUUUCUGAAGUAAGAUUACUUUAGAUUAAUCGAGUUGAUAUUUAAAAGGACGUUUGAUUGCUUUGGUCUAGCUGUGACAAACAAAGUAACUGUAGUGUCAACUAGCUACAGAUGAACUGUCACGUUUUUUUUAUUUGAAGAAACGUUGAAGAAAGAAUAGCUUUCACGAUGGAUCGGGACAGAGCUAGCCCGUCGCCCUCCACCCUGCCAGAGUCCCCGGGUUGCAACUCUCCCGGUAGCGCCUUACUGCAGGGUCUGAAGAGGGUGUCUUCAUUGCUGAUCGACUGCAGGAAAACACCAAGGCAGAGUGGAUCUUCGAGAGGUGGACACGAGGAAAAUGGAGAUUUGAUUUCAUCAAGGGACUCUCCUCCACUCAGUGGGAGGGACUUAUCAUCUGGGGAGCUUCAACAACAACAUGUUGCUGACGAGGCAGAGAAGAGUGUCUCCCAAUCAGAACACCUCAAACACCAGCACAGACGUACAGGGAAGAAAUCUCACCACAGCUGCUCUGACUGUGGGAAGAGUUUCACUACACGGAGAUCCUUCAUAAUUCACCUGCGUAUUCACACCGGAGAGAAGCCUUAUCACUGUUAUCAGUGUGGGAAGAGCUUCAAUCAGUCAGGCAACCUGACAACACACCAGCUAACACAUACUGGAGUGAAGCCUUAUAGCUGUGAUCAGUGUGGGAAGAGCUUUGCUCGGUCUGGACAGCUGACUACACACCGGGUAACACACACUGGAGAGAAGCCUUAUAGCUGUGGUCAGUGUGGAAAGAGCUUUAAUCAGGCAGGCAACCUGACAGCACACCAGCUAACACACACGGGAGAGAAGCCUUACAGCUGUGAUCAGUGUGGGAAGAGCUUCAAUCACUCAGGCAACCUGACAGCACACCAGGUAACACACACUGGAGAGAAGCCUUAUAGCUGUGAUCAAUGUGGGAAGAGGUUUGCUCACGCUUCCAACCUAACUAGACACCAGUUAACACACACAGAAGAGAAGCCUUACAGCUGUGAUCAAUGUGGGAAGAGGUUUGCUCAAGCUUCCAACCUAACUAGACACCAGGUAACACACACUGAAGAAAAGCCAUACAGCUGUGAUCAAUGUGGGAAGAGGUUUGCUACAUAUUACACCUUCAAAUAUCAUCUGAGAAUUCAUACAGGGGAGAAGCCUUACCCCUGCCUUGAUUGUGGGAAAAACUUUGCGAGUGCAGGAUCCCUAACCAUACACCAGAGUGUACACACAGGAGAGAAGCCUUAUAGCUGUCAUCAGUGUGGGAAGAGCUUUGCUGUAGCUAACACCCUGAUUAUACACCAGCGCAUUCACACUGGAGAGAAGCCAUAUAGCUGUAAUCUGUGUGGAAAGAGCUUUGCUGUGGUUUCCACCUUGAAUAAACAUCAGCGCAUACACACUGGAGAGAAGCCAUAUAGCUGUGAUCAGUGUGGGAAGAGCUUUGCUCUAUCAGAUAAACUAACUAUACACCAGCGAACACACACAGGAGAGAGGCCUUAUAGCUGUGAUCAGUGUGGAAAGAGCUUUGCUCGAGCUUCCACCCUGAAUUCACACCAGCGAACACACACUGGAGAGAAGCCUUAUAGCUGUGAUCAGUGUGGAAAGAGCUUUGCUGAGUUAGGGACCCUGAAUUCACACCAGCGAACACACACUGGAGAGAAACCCUAUGUCUGUCUAUGUGGAAAGAGUUUUUCUCUUUUAGGGCAAAUUAAAAAACACCAGAAAUCAAAAACGUGCCAUAUUUCAUCUCCAUCCUAUACCCGACAGUGGUUAUAGAUCCCUAAAUUAAAGGCUCUAUAGAAAACAUAUCCAUCUCCCAUUCUUAAACAGUUGACUUAGUCUGAUCACCAUGGUAACCUCUGUGGAGCAUAAUAUGCAGCUCUGAUCUAGGAUCAGGUCUCCCCUGUGUCUUUGUAAUAUCACACAUUGGGAUCUAAAUGGAUAAAUGUUAUCAUAGACAAUGUCAUAUUGUGUGUGGGGGGAGGGGGUGAUGUUGAUAAUUGUAUCGUCUUUCAUAUACUCAUGAUACUAUUAUUAAAUCUCAUUAUGCAUAAUGUUUCAACAAUAGUUGUAUAUUCAUGUAUUCAAUUAAUCAAUAAAUCCAAUCCAAUAUCUUAUA